AACUUUUCAUUAUAAUUUACAAUUUUCGCGCGAAACGAGGAAGAAUUUCCAUUUCUUUUUCUUCGUUGCCAGAACGAAACAAUUAUUGAAGCAAUGAAUCCAGAAGCAGCAAUGGUAGAUUUGAGGUAAACUUGUGAGCCGCUGCAGCAGCACUGCUACUGCUAUGGUUCAACUUCAACGAAAGAGACCAUGAAGCAGCCUCCUUGCUGCAUAUUCCACGAGUUUCAGAGAGUUUCAUCAGCUCAUCCUCACAAAAUCGCAGUGAUUCACGCCUCUGGCGGAGUCCAACUUUUCCGGCAGUUACAUGGCGGCGGCGGCGACAGCAACAUUAUCUCCGGCGACGGAGCCGAUAAUUUCUUCAAGGAGCGGGCCAUAUCGGCUUUCCCCUCGAUGUACGAAGGCGACCGGUUCUUCACUUACUCGCACUUGCUGGCCUCCGUUGAUUCUCUCAGCUCCCGUCUUCUUAUUCGAGCGAAUGAUGGGAACGGAUUUUCUGAAGGCUCCUCAACUGGGCUUGAGGGUGCUAAUAUACCAAAAAUUUUUGGAAUAUAUAUGCCACCUUCAGUUGAAUACAUAGUUGCUGUUCUUUCUGUACUGAGAUGCGGAGGGGCUUUUAUGCCCUUGGACCCUGCAUGGCCAAAGAGUAGGAUUCUGUCUGUUGUUUCGUCUUCGAAAGUUGAACUUAUUAUCUACUCUGGAUCUUCAUUUUGUGAAGAUGGCUAUCACCUGUCUGAUGGAUUACAUUGGCUCUUGCAAAGCAGUGGCUGUCCAACCUUUUGUUUUAAUAUGGAAGAAAGUUUCAUUCAAGAGCAUAAUAGUUCAGUUGAUUUAGUUUUUCCUUGUGAACAUGGGAAAGGGAGGUUGUUCUGUUAUGUCAUGUAUACAUCUGGAUCUACUGGAAAGCCUAAAGGCAUAUGUGGCACCGAACAAGGUCUUCUAAAUCGCUUUCAAUGGAUGCAAGAAUUAUUUCCAUGUAGUGGAGAGGAACUUUUAUUGUUCAAGACACCUAUUAGCUUUAUUGAUCACAUUCAAGAAUUUCUUAGUGCCAUACUAACAUCUUCUGCCUUGGUUAUACCUCCAAUGAAAGAGCUAAAAGAAACUUUAUGUUCUGUUGUCAAUUUUAUCCAGGCAUAUUCCAUUAGUAAACUUACCGCUGUUCCAUCACUAAUGAGGGCGGUCCUUCCUGCAUUCCAAAGACUGUAUGUGAUGCAGAACAGAUGUUCCCUAAGAUUGUUAAUUCUGAGUGGUGAAAUUCUGUCAAUACAAUUAUGGAAGGCGCUCCUCAAGUUAUUACCAGAGACCACUAUUUUGAAUUUAUAUGGUAGUACAGAGGUGUCUGGUGAUUGUACAUAUUUUGAUUGCAAGAGGAUGCCAAGGAUUUUGGAGACAGAAGCAAUCAAUACUGUUCCUAUUGGUGUGCCGAUUUCUCACUGUGAUGUUGUGGUUGUUGGUGAAAAUGAUGCACCGAACCAGGGAGAACUGUGUGUUGGUGGUCCCUGUGUAUGUAGUGGAUAUUAUUCAGAUUCUACUUUUCUCCCUUUGGAUGGUACAAAAUUAUCUCAAGGCCUUGUUAAUGGAGGUUCAUUGAAUGAAAAUUGUAAAAUUUAUAUCAGGACUGGUGAUUUUGUCAGACGGCUUCAAAGUGGUGACUUGGUUUUCUUGGGGAGAAAAGAUCGUAGUAUCAAAGUUAAUGGGCAACGUAUUGCUUUAGAAGAGAUUGAGGAUGCUUUAAUGGAACAUCCGGAUGUAGUAAAUGCAGCUGCAGUUUCCAGUAGAAGUGACAGGGAACUUGAAUAUCUAGUAGCUUUUCUAGUUUUAAAGGAUAACAAGAAAAGUGAAGUAUUCAAAUCAGUCAGAAGUUGGAUGGUCGACAAAGUUCCACUGGCUAUGAUUCCUAACAGAUUUAUCUGCGUCGAUUCAAUUCCUAUGUCAUCCAGUGGAAAAGUUGAUUAUGAGCUUGUAAUGCAUUCAUAUCCUCUUUGGGAGCAUGUGCAUGAAAAUUUUGAUGAAACUCAGGAAAAUGACUUCAUGCAAGUCAUAAAAAAGGUUUUUUCUGAUGUUUUAAUGGUUGAAGAGGUCUCCAGUAAUGAUGACUUCUUCAUGAUGGGUGGUAACUCUAUAACUGCAGCGCAUGUCUCACAUAAAUUAGGGGUUGAUAUAAGAUGGCUGUAUCACUAUCCAAGUCCAGCUAAGCUUCUAACGGCUCUUCUAGAAAAGAAAGGAUCAGAUAUCAUAGAUAUUAGUAGAGAUGUUGACUCAAGAAAGAACCUGAGAACUGAUAAGUGGAACAAAUUUUCUUUUGAGGGUUCUGAGAUACUGAACCCUUUUGAUCUUAAAGAGGGUGGGAAUUUUGGAAAAAGGAAACAAGUCCAGUCAAAUGAAACUUUGUCAAGGGUAGCCAUACCAAGGAAUGACAAUUCUUCUAUCUCAAAACACUAUAAGGCAGUUUCUGAUUUUUCUGUCAAUUUGGAACACAUAAGUCAAGUUGGUGGGCACCUGUGGAAUUCUCUUUUAACAUCCAUGUCAUGUGCAUUCAGUCGAUGCAACAAGGUUGUGUAUGAACACAAGUACAUUGGUAAUAACGAAUGUGCAGAAACUUUGUCAGUGAAGUCUCAAAGAGGCGAAUAUGGUUCUAUGAAAAAAUUUUGGCAAGUUCAUAUGGAGUCCUGCGUUGACGCUUCACCACUUCUUGUGUUUAAACACCCCUGUAUCUACUUAUUUAUUGGUUCUCACUCACAGAAGUUUGUCUGUGUGGAUGCAAAAACCGCUUCUCUUCAAUGGGAAAUAAGGCUUGAAGGACGAAUUGAAUGUUCCACGGCAAUUGUUGGAGACUUUUCUCAGGUUGUAGUAGGUUGCUACGAAGGGAAGAUAUAUUUUCUGGAGUUUUCCACUGGCAUUAUCCAUUGGACAUUCCAAACGUGUGGAGAGGUUAAAUCACAGCCAGUGGUUGACUCACAGAGAAAUUUGAUCUGGUGUGGAUCAUAUGACCAUAACUUAUAUGCACUUGACUAUGUGAGGCAUACUUGUGUUUAUAAACUUCCAUGCGGAGGAAGUAUAUAUGGAUCACCUGCAAUUGACGGGGUGCAACAUAGACUUUAUGUGGCUUCAACAAGUGGACGAAUCAGUGCUCUUUUGAUAAAGGCUUUUCCUUUCGGUACUUUCUGGCAUUAUGAUCUAGAGGCACCAGUCUUCGGGUCCCUUGUGAUUGAUCCACUUAAUAGAAAUGUUAUUUGUUGUCUGGUGAACGGUCACGUUGUUGCAUUGGAUUCAAGUGGAUCUGUUUUAUGGAGGUGCAAAACUGGUGGUCCUAUAUUUGCUGGAGCCUGCAUUUCCUCUGCCUUCCCUUUACAGGUGCUCAUAUGUUCCAGAAAUGGAAGCAUUUAUUCUUUUGAACUGGAAAGUGGAAAUCUAGUGUGGGAGUACAACAUUGGCAAUCCAAUAACAGCAUCCGCUUGCGUUGACGAGCACCUGCAACUUGUUUCUGAAACUUCUGUCUCAUCGGACAGGCUGAUUUGUGUUUGCUCCAGUUCUGGAGCCAUACAUUUGCUUCGAGUUAGCUCAAGCACGACGCAGGAGGGAGGUUACCGAAAUACAAACGUGGAAGAAUUUGCUAGAAUGGAUCUUGAAGGAGACAUAUUCUCCUCACCUGUUAUGAUAGGUGGACGUAUUUUCGUCGGUUGCCGAGAUGAUUACGUGCACUGCGUCGUGAUUGGAAACCUUAACAGCAUGAGAGAGUAAUAUAUUAUUUGAGAAGCUCAGCAUUGUGAGAUAUUUGAUGGAAGAAAAGGAGAUGCAAGAAUUGUCAUUAUCUUCGGGUUGAUCUUUCUUUUCAUUGUUCGACGGUCUUGUUCUCUGCCUCUACUUCUUCCUCCCUCGAUCAGAAUCCAAAGAUUGCUAUUCGAUUGUCCAGAUCAUUUUAGUUUUUGGUUUAUUUGUAUAAUUGAAGAUAGGUACAUUAAUCAGUUGGGUUAUGCUCGGUUUAGCGAUGUUUAUUUGG